GUGUGCUCAUUUGUACGAUUGUGUUAGAAAAGGUGGACCUAUGGGGGUAUAAACCAAGCAGACUUGCAUUCCUUCCGCUGGACAUCUUUCCAGCUCUGCACAGUGUACACAUGCAUACAUGCAUAUAUAUGUAAAAGAUAAUAAACCUACAGCGUUUUGAUACGUGCAUUUCUGAUCGUAGUUUAAAAAUUAUUAACAACGAAGUCACUAAACGACAGAUAUGGCCGAUGAAAAAGCUACGAAACAAGCGGAAGAUCAAGAAUUAAAUGACUUAUUAGACAGUGCUUUGGAGGAUUUCAACAAAGAACAGAAAUCAGAUAAAAAGGAUGCAAGCAAAAUAGGUGCUUCUGAAUCUACAACGGAUAAAAAUGUAACUGAUAUUUUGGAGGAUACUUGGUCUACAGACGAUGCAGGAAAACUUUUAUUCAAGAUGAUGUUUCUAAAUGAAACAGAUGGCGAAUUAGGAGUUUCUCCCCAAACAAUGGCAAGGAAACUUACAAGUCCAACAAAAGAUGAAGAUACCUCUGACAAAGACAUUGCAAGUAUAGACUUUCAGUCAGCUAUUGCUGGAGCCAUGAACGACUUGUCCAUAACAACAGAAAAUUUACAGAACGGGGCUGACUUAUCCGAAAUUUUUGGGCAAGCAGCCUUAGAAGAUUGUCCUGAUGUCAUUCCACCAUUCUUACAAGUACUGCUAGAGCAUUUAUUAUCGAAAGAACUUUUGUAUCCAGCAAUGAAGCAACUAGCACAUGAAUACCCUGAGUUGUUAGAAGAAAAGAAAACAACAAUACCGUCUAAUGAUCUACAAAGGUUUACAAAACAGUUUGAAUUGAUACAACAGAUAUGUACCGAACUUGAAAAGGAGACAGACGAAGAUACGGCAGAAAUGAAAAAAAAACGUUUUGAAACAAAAAUGUCACUUAUGCAAGAAGUACUGUCCUGUGGUCAAUUACCCGAAGAACUGAUAGGACCAACAACAAGAACCGAUGCUGAAGGUGAUCCUGUUAUUCCAGCGUUAUUACGUAACAUGGAGCCUCCGCAACACUGUUGUUUAAUGUAAAUUUAUUUUAACGAUUGUGUAAUCAGUGCGUCAAAAUAAUACAAAGGGCUAAGAGAUAUUUAAGAGAAGUUAAAAUAACGAAUUAUAGAUAUACAACACACUGAUGUUUUGUGUGUGUGUGUGUGCGUGUGCGUGUGUGGGAAAGGUAUUUAAUACAAUU